AUGGGACACGGGGACGCGCAGGACGCCCGCAUCGGCAAGUACCUGGAGUUGCGGGUCAACGGCAAAGGCAAACAGUCAGUCGAGGAAUCGGUGAACCGUAUGUGCCGGGAGCUUCUCUCCAAUCCGGUCAUCGAGGACUACCGGUUCGAGCUAGAAGAGGUUGUUUCCGACUGA